GCCCAUUGAUGAAUUAUUCAGAUAGUUUUGCUUUGGGGAGUGACGCAGAGAAUGCAGAGUACUUUUUCGUUAAAUUUUUGUAUUUAAACAAAUCAACCAAACAAAUAAUUGUACAAACUGUCAACGAAAACCGUAGUUCCCAGCGUGGAACUUGAAACCUGUACUUUUCGGUCGGUCAGCGUCACCCAUCGUAAAGGGCUUCCUUAUGCCGAUUCAUGUGGUGUAGCUGCUAGGAAAAGAUGCCGCAGCUGAAAUCCAGAAAGAUAGCCAUUCUGGGAUACAGAUCCGUGGGGAAGUCUUCUCUGACCAUUCAGUUUGUGGAAGGACAGUUUGUAGAUGCCUAUGAUCCCACAAUUGAGAACACGUUUACCAAGAUGAUCAGUGUGAACGGACAGGACUACCAUCUCCAGCUGGUCGACACAGCAGGGCAGGAUGAAUACUCCAUAUUUCCUCAGACCUACUCAAUAGACAUCAAUGGAUACAUCCUAAUAUACUCUGUCACAUCUCACAAGAGCUUUGAAGUGGUCAAGGUCAUCCAUGAGAAGCUACUGGAUAUGGUGGGAAAUAUACAAGUUCCUAUCAUGCUGGUGGGAAACAAGAAAGACCUACACAUGGAAAGGGUAAUCAGCUGUGAGGAGGGGAAGGCUCUGGCAGAGUCAUGGAACGCUGCCUUCAUGGAGUCCUCAGCCAAGGAGAACCAGACGGCGGUGGAGGUGUUUAAGAGGACCAUCGUGGAGAUGGAGAAGAUGGAGGGAGGAGCACCGCAGGGUCGGACAUCCUGCUCCGUGAUGUAGACCUGACCUCUGACCACUAAGGCCUCUAACCCACUCCCGGACUCUCUAUCCCCCCCCCUCCUGUCUUCCAGACACUGGGUCAUCCCUGUACUUGAACUGACUGGCUGCCUGCCAUAUUCCUUCUGUCAAAAAUGAUAAAAGAAAGAAAAGAACUUUGUUUUUCAUUUUUAAACAAUGUAUAAAAAAAAAACAUGAAUAUAUUUGUUGUAAUUGUUUUCCAUUCUCCAGUCUGUUGUUUUUGGGGGGAGAGGGGGGGGGGCACUACUAUGGCACUACUAACCUCAGCAGUGCGCCUUACCCUGUCCCUACCCUUCACAGUAGAACCUUCCAUUUUACUUUACUACUGUUUUCAUUAAAGGAGCUUAUUGUUUCA